AUGACAACUACCACAUACCAACAUCUAAUCACAGACGAUGUUGACGAUGCAUUAUCUGAUGCAAUUUAUAAGAAUUCAAAAUUGGAUUAUUUAUUUUCCUUAAAUGACGAAGUAGAAGAAUCAUCUUUAAUUGCAACAAAUACAUCACAAGAUCAAGAGAUUGAAAAAUCAACUUAUCAACCACAAUGGAAACUACUACGUACUUUGGCUGGAGCACAUCAAGGGUGGGUUAGAGCAAUAGCCCUUGAUGAAGUGACUAAUAAAUGGUUUGCAACUGGGUCUGCUGAUUCUACUAUUAAGAUUUGGGAUUUAGCAUCACUGAAUUUAAAAACUACAUUAACCGGACAUAUUAUGGGAGUAAGAUCUUUAGUCAUGUCAAAGAAAUUUCCAUAUUUGUUUUCAGGAGCAGAAGAUAAGACUUUAAGAUGUUGGGAUUUAGAACGACUGAAUCAAAUUGAAGGUUGUCAAAUUAAAAACUUUUAUGGUCAUGUUGGUGGAAUAUAUGCAUUAGCAUUACAUGAAGAUCUAGAUAUACUUUUAAGUGGAGGUAGAGAUGCAGUAGUAAGAAUUUGGGAUAUUAAUACAAGUACAGAAAUAGCUCAAUUGAGUGGACAUACAGAUGAUAUCACCUCCAUACAUACUAAUUCAUAUGAUCCACAAGUUUUUACAUCAUCUAUGGAUGGAACUAUUAGAUUAUGGGAUUUGAGAAAUCAAAAAACAGAAGUUUGUAUUACUCAACAUUCUAAAAGUAUAAGAUCAAUGGCGAAAAAUCCAAAAGAAGCAACUUUUAUAUCUGGUGAUUCUAAUGGUAACAUCAAACAAUGGCUUUUACCAAAUGGUGAACUAAUAAAUAAUUUUGAACGAAAUAGAGAUCAAAAAAGUGAAAAUAAAAUCAUUAAUUCAUUAUGUAUUAAUCCUAUAACUAAUACUUUAUUUACUGGGUAUGAUAAUGGUAGAAUUGAAUUUCAUGAUUAUAUUCUGGGACAACUUGUUCAACAAGGUGCAACACCGUCAUUACCUGGUUCCGAAGGGUCUGCGAUUUACGCUUCGACAUUUGAUAUGUCUGGUUUGAGAUUGAUAACUGGUGAAGGUGAUAAAAGUAUUAAAAUUUGGGGUGAAGCUAAUUGA